UUACCGAAGAAAUACUCUUAUAUGAUUCUAAACUUACUGAAGGUUUUGCUAAACUGCAUGCCGAUCUUAACACUCGCAUCAUUUCAGAACUUAAUACACGUGAUACUAUCUUAAAUGCGGAGGCGCAGAGAAUCUCAUCAUCAAUUAUUUCUUUAACCAUAAGACUUGAUAACAUUGAACAAGUUCUUGAACGUUAUAAUAAUCAUUAUGGUAGAAUUUCAACCGAAUUCGAUUCAAUUAAUGAAUCUAUCGCAACAUUCCAUAACCUACUCAAUCAACGUUAUGCAAUCAUCCAAAGAGUCGAACAAGAUCAGCAAAGUGAAACGAACCUAUCUGAAGCUUCUUUCAAUUCACCCAGUUCCUCUGCUAGUUCUUCUGGCUCAAAUCGGCAAACAUUUUCAGGAAUUACAUUAACUGUCUGGACACAUUUUAAAGAAGUCUUCGAUACGGAUAUGGCACUGAGAGGUUAUAUUUUUGAAGAAAUGUGUUAUUCCGUAGCUAUGCGCAUUCGCGAACUUGGUGGAAAUAUUAGACAGACAACAGUAAAAAAUUUUUAUAAUAGAAGUAGUGGUUGUAGAUCAAACACCGUGGGCCAGAUUGGUUUAUGGAUAGAUAAUAUGGAAUA